AGCAGCCAGCCAGUUCAGUUGGUUCCAACGCGCCGAGUCGAUCGGUCGUGCCGACGCGCAGUCAGCGCCACGCUCCCGUUGCCCACGACGAGUACCUCGCGUAGUGCCUCACUUGGAUUACACACCAGUGCACCCCGCUGCCCUCGCCGUCGACGCCGUCGACGAGCAGCCCUGUGGAUUAGCCGAGCCUUCUUCUCCUCCUCGCCUGCUGAGCAUUAGAUGCAGUUGAAAAUGGGGGUGCAGACGGAGCUCAGAUCAUGGGAGUGGAAGACCUGCCACGCUCCGACCUACCCGGAGCCCGACCUACCCAAAGACCCGCGGUGCUGGUCCCGGUCCGACGUGGCCACCUGGCUGCACUUCAUGGCCAUGCUGCACCACCUCCCCUGCGUGCCCGUCGACCGCUUCCUCAUGAACGGCAAGGCCCUCUGCCUCAUGUCCAUGGACAUGUUCCUCGGCAGGGUGCCCCUGGGCGGCAAGCUCCUCUACAAGGACUUCCAGAUCCGGCUGGGACGCGCCAUGUACUCCAGUUGAUCUGUCUGUAGUUGUAUCGCCAUGUGAGAGUGUGUGUGUGAGUGCGCCUAUUCGUGUGAGUGUGUGUGACUGAAUGAUGUGUGCCUAAUUUAUGGUUUCUCUUAUUGUUUAAGUUCAAGUGAUAUAUUGUGUACGCACUGUGUUGAGGUGGCACCAAACUUGUUUCAUUGGAGAAUAGUUGGUAGAUGCUGCAAAGUAUGAGUUUAUAUGUGUGCGUUGUAGCACUUGUGUUAUCAUGGCUCUAGGCAAUGCAAUGCACAAGUUCACUUAUUACAAUUUGUGAUAGUUUCUUUUGCUUUGCAGUGACAAAACGCUCUCGGUGCUUUCCCUCUCAGUGUACUUUUCCGCUACGUGAUAGUCCACUUUUGCAAUUGUGAAUAAUACAACUGUGACAAUUGUAUCUAUUUCUAUGCUUGUGGACGUGGCAUUAUGUGAUAUGUAUAGAAUUGAACAGUGUUGGAUUCUUCAGCAUUACUGUAGUGUUCUGCAUUUUCCUUAUUGAUGAGUUUAUGUUUUUUUGUACAAUAUUCCUGUAAAGAGAGAUGCAUUUAAAAUUAUUUUAUUACCAGGAUUUGAUGCACUGGCAGCUAAGGUACAUACAUAUCAGUAUAUUAUGUAACUCCCUUUGAAGAAUUUCAUGACUUCAGUUUAUGACUCCAAGGGAAGAACAAAUAAUAACUUGAGGUGUGCAUCUAGUCAUUAAUUAAUAUGGUUGAUUCAUACAGACAAUUCAUUCAUGUACGUAAUAUGGCUCUAGAGUAUCAAAUCAACUGUUAAAUUUUGUUUUCAUAAAUUGAUUUUGUUUUUCCUUUUCUUUUUUUGCAUUUACUCUGGCUGCGCUAUAUUUAUCUCUAUUGUUGUUUAGCUGCAUAAUGGUGUGUGAAGAGAUGAUCAACAUGCUCAACCCAUUGGUUUCAUCUUAUGUGACUUAGGAUGGUAGAUUCAUUGGAAAAGAUAAGUAAUUUAUUAGUUCUCUGCCACUUUCCCUGUUGUAAAUUUCCUUUCAGUAUUUAUGAAUAAUUUAAACUAAAUGUAUGUCUUGUGACAUUACUGUAAAUACCUUGUCUAGUCAAUACAAAAAAUUUGGAAAGAUUAA